AUGAUCGCAAACAUCCGCACAUCAUCCACACGCCAUCCACACGCCAUCCACACGCCAUCCACACGCCAUCGACACGCCAUCGACACGCCAUCCAAACGCCAUCACACGCCAUCCAAACGCCAUCCAAACGCCAUCCACACGCCAUAUACACGCCAUAUAAACGCCAUCCACACGCCAUCCACACGCCAUAUACACGCCAUCCACACGCCAUCCACACGCCAUAUACACGCCAUCCACACGCCAUCCACACGCCAUCCACACGCCAUCCACACGCCAUAUACACGCCAUCUACACGCCAUCCACACACCAUCCACACGCCAUCCACACGCCAUCCACACGCCAUAUACACGCCAUCCAAACGCCAAUCCACACGCCAUCCACACGCCAUCCACACGCCAUCCACACGCCAUCCACAUGCCAUAUACACGCCAUCUACACGCCAUCCACACGCCAUCCACACGCCAUCCAAACGCCAUCCACACGCCAUCCACACGCCAUCCACACACCAUAUACACGCCAUUUACACGCCAUCCACACGCCAUCCACACGCCAUCCACACGCCAUAUACACGCCAUAUACACGCCAUCUACACGCCAUCCACACGCCAUCCACACGCCAUCCACACGCCAUCCACACGCCAUAUACACGCCAUAUACACGCCAUCCACACGCCAUCCACACGCCAUCCACACGCCAUCCACACGCCAUCCACACGCCAUCCACACGUCAUCCACACGCCAUCCACACGCCAUCCACACGCCAUAUACACGCCAUCUACACGCCAUCCACACGCCAUCCACACGCCAUCCACACGUCAUCCACACGCCAUCCACACGCCAUCCACACGCCAUAUACACGCCAUCUACACGCCAUCCACACGCCAUCCACACGCCAUCUACAUGCCAUCUCGUCUGUGGCCGCUUGA